UCUAGCCAGUGACAAGCCGUGAAGAUUCCAAUCGCACCAAGUGUCUACGAUGAAUGCUCAAUCCGUGGUGCGUCGUCAUCCGCACAGUUUUUCAAUCGAGCAAAUUCUGGCCAAGCCCGAGUCGCACUUGCCCAGAAACUAUGCGGACGAAACGGCUACUUACCAAGUGAUCCAUGAUAGUCAAGCUCACACAAGUGGGCGUGGCAGCUGUGAUGAUUCGCGCGUUUCGAGCCCAGCGACAUCUAGCUGCCUGGAGGAUGGCCCGGACGAUGGCAAAAGUGAUAUAGAACUAGCGUCGGAUGAAGGCAGUGGUGCGUAUGAUGAUCGCAAGAAGCGUCCACGCACUGCCUUCUCCGCCGCCCAGAUCAAGGCGCUGGAAACGGAAUUUGAGCGAGGCAAAUAUUUGUCCGUGGCCAAGCGGACGGCGCUGGCCAAGCAGCUGCAGCUGACCGAGACGCAGAUUAAAAUUUGGUUUCAGAAUCGACGCACCAAGUGGAAGCGGAAGUAUACCUCGGACGUGGAGACGCUUGCGUCCCACUACUAUUCUCAGUUAGGCAUGGGCGGCAUGGCACGCCCUAUGGUUGUGGGCGAUCGCCUCUGGCUGUUUAGCCAAACACCUGCCGGGCCCACGCCCAUACAGUCGAUCAUGCUGAAUGGCAGUGGAGCAGCGCCGCCCAUGCGCCCAUAUGGACCGCCGGCAAGUGCGCCGGGCUUGGCCCCGAUGCACGCCUCCAGCGUUAUGGAGAGUGCCAGGAACGCCAUAUUGUCGCGUGGACAACCGCUUAACUUUGCACUGCCUUUCGGGCUGGCCAAGCCACAGCCAACGAGCGGGGCAGCUGCAACACCAGCUGGCUAUGUGCCACGCUGCAAGCCCUAUCCAAGCAGCUUUGUUGACUAUCAGCCACAUGGCCACAGCGAAUCCUAUCUGCAGUUGAAGUAUGCCACGCUGCCGCCAGAAACGGAAACGAGCCCCAGCAAUGGCCUAGCCGAACUGGAGCGCGUCUUUGGCGAUGCCAAUGCCAAUUUGCUGCUGCACAAAGGCCUGCCAGCUGCUAACAGCAGCAGCGGCAGCAGCAACAAUAGCAACAGCAACAGCACCUCCUGCAGCUAUGGACACGAGGCACUGGCGCAGGCCCAACGCAGUCGCCGUGCCACUCAAUCCGAGUCCGAGUGCAGCGACAUCGAUUGCGAGCAGCUGGACGAAGAUGAGGAUGCCGUGGAGUAGCCCAA